AUGAUAUCACAUCCAAAUACUAUGACAAAUCCAUGUCUAUACGGACUUGAUGUAAAUACAUUGAAUAAUACAACUCCUCCUUAUAACGAUCAUAGAGAUAGAGGAUCACCGAGUGGUGAAAGAAGUGAAGGUGCAAACUUAAGUGAGAAAGUUAUUGCCAGACUUGUUCAUAUAAGUUUAUUUUCAAAGAAAAAAGAAAUUCAGAAAAAUGUUAUUAAUAAUUAUUUUGAUGCUAAUGCUGUCUUUGAGAAUCCGAUUUUGCUGGUUGAAUCACAUGAUCAGAUCAAAAAUCAAUUCCUCCUGCUUUCCACGUUCUUUUAUUCCAUAACACCUGAAAUACAAUCAAUUACUAAUAGCGCAAUAGCUGGAAAUCAUCAUUUAGUUUGCAUCGAUGCCUUGAUUAAAUAUCGUCUUCCUCUUCGUUUCCCUCCAUUUCCGUGUUUGCGUAUGAUAUUUGGUAAAAAUCAUCAAUGUUUUAAUAACGAAUUUAUUCUGCGUAUAAUUUCAAGAUUUGAAUUCAAUGAGCAACGUAAGAUUGUUAGACAUGAGGAUAUUUGGAGUUUAAAGGAUUUGGUGGAAUCUUUACCGAUUAUUGGAUGGAUGUAUGCAGAAAUUGCAAGGAAACUUACGGGAAUGGUUACUGGAGGUGUUGUUAUUGCUGUUAAAGAAUUGGUAAAUGCUUGGGAAGAUUGGGAUAUUUAA